AUGUCCUCAAACUAUGUACCGCUUGUGAGAGACGCCAUCAGGCUGCUCGAUAAGUUCAGCGAGAGCAGACAGUGUCUUGACGACUUUGUAGAGGACAGCUCUAAAGAUCUGCAGAGCCUGGAUCCCCGGCAUAAGCACUUCAUACUUGACACUGUAUCAGGUUGUAUUGAACAUAAAAACAUCCUUGAUGUUGUAAUCAACCUAUAUGAAAAAGCUGAAAGUGUGCCCAAAAGAGAACUGAACAUGUAUCUGAUUGUCUGUUAUCUCACCACAUGCUUUUUGGAUAAACUGGGACUUAAGUGUUUCAGCAGCAUUGUCAAAUCUCUUGGUGUUCACAAAUUACAAAAAUUUUUGUUGUUCUUCUUGUCAAACCUCACCACACUGGUACUGGAGAAGUGGACGGCUAUUUAUGAUGCUGAACAUGUCCAGAAACAGUGGAUAGAGCCUACUCUCAGGUGGCGUCCUGAGAUAAUUGCUCUUCUUGAGAAGUUGGCUGUGAAAGUAUCAAGUGGGAGUCAGCAGAGGAAAGCUCCAGCUAAAACCACUGAACCUCAGGAGUUUGCUUUGACCAAACCAAAGGCCAGAGCCUUGCCUGUACCUGAGGUCAUCCCAGUGCUGGAGAAACAGAAGCCGGUGCCCAGAACCACAUAUACGGCUCCAAAAGAAAUGAAGAUUAUACAUGAUGUCAAACAAAAGAAUAAACAAAGGACUGAGACACUGCUGUACAAGGCCAAUCUUCAAAUGAGCCCACUCAAGUCCCAACACUAUCAGGAAGUGGUGUCUAAGGAGAGCAUCCCUUCUGCUGAAAGGCUCCAUUCCUUUAAGUCUACACCACUUCCAUCAACAACAAGACAAUCCCAUUGGAAUAUUAAAUUAAACAGUGCAGCAAUCUUGAGACAAGGGGCUCUGGUUGAUCGUCAGCUCAGCCAGGAGUUUGUCAGAAUGGAGUGUCUUGUGGAAGGGGCGCUGGAGCCGUCAGCUUUCCUGCAGUGGCAAAAUGAAAUGCGUGAGAAGGAUCUGCAGGAAGAGUUGGCUAAAGUGGAAUGCAGACGCCUAGAAGGGCGCAUUAGCCGCGAGGAGGCAGCACUGGCUCGCUCACGUCUCAUGGCUCAAAACCAGGCAGCUGCAAAACUCAAGAAAGAGGAGGCAGCAGAACUGAUGCGUCGAUACGCUGUCAAGAGAUUCCAGGAGGAGAAGGAGAUGAAGGAGUUGGUACAACAGGUGUCAGACGGCCACAAGAACGCCAAAGCUGCCAAAGAAAAGUUGUUUGAAAUGAAGCAAAAGAUUGUGAGAGAGGUGUCCAAAGAGAGCCAAGAGCACCUCCGCAGAGCAUUGGCAGAGGCCGAAGCCGACAUGAUCAGAAAAUGUGAAAUUAUUCGUCAAAUUCACGCUAUAGAAUCUGUUUCUCGUACCAAAAGUUGCCAUUUUGAUGACAGAGAGACUGGAGGCCAUGAUUUGCUGGGUGAGAUGUCUCUGUGUGAGCUCAAAGAGCGCCUGGCUCUUUUGAAGGAGGAACAGCUCACUGAGAGGCUCCAGCGACGCCAGGACAUCCACUCACAGAGAGACAAGAAAAAACAACUGCUUCAACACAAGCUGGACACAAUUGACCACCACCGGAACGCACAAAGACAAGUCACAACCAGCAGAACGGACCGGACAAAGCAGCAGACUUGUCGGCAGGUGGUGGCUGUGCAUGAGUCCGUCCUGGCUUUGCAGAGGAGGCUGGAGGAGAAGAAGCAGGAACGGAACUCUCUGAAACACAGAGAACAGAUCAGCAGCCGACCAUCUCACUCUGAAGACGUGUUCAGCAAACAGACGAGCUGUGAGCAGAGAGACUGGGGGGACCUGGAGCAGACCCUAGCACUCCAAAUACAAGAGCUGGCCUCUGUGUCUCUUUUAUGA